AUGGAGUGGGUAAGAGAGCAGCGGCUCACUUCGCAAGUGAGAGGGGGCAGGGUCUGCUUCUUUGAACGUCGCAUGAGAAAGGACGACACCCUUUACAUCCCCAUGAACAUGAUUGCUACCUUCGAUGAAUCUUUCGACCAGGCUUUCAUGCAAGCGCAGCUAGAUCAAUAUGCAGAUUUACACCCAAGUUCACCGUCGAUAACACCACGCCCUCCAGACACACUACCACAGUUCGAGACACCGUCAUAUUUGGAGACAUCACCAUCGUCAUCCCCUUCGGACACAGCAGCACAGUCUGGCACAGCAACACAGUCUGACACGGCAGCACAGUCUGGCACGGCAGCACAGUCUGAUACGGCAGCACAGUCUGACACGGAAAUACAGUCUGACACAGCAACACAGUCUGACACGGCAACACAGUCUGGCACAGCAACACAGUCUGACACGGCAGCACAGUCUGGCACGUCAACACAGUCUGAUACGGCAACACAGCCGGAUAAGCCAUCACCGUCAGAGACACCUCCACAGUCGGAACCACCAUCACAGCCACUGCCUAUUAUCGCAUUUUGCGACAUCACAAAAUUUGCAUUUUCGGCAGAUUUGUUGGAAAAAGGCCCGCAUCUUCCGACCUGCUUUCAGGACAUUGACAAGGAGAUUACCGUAUACAUCAUUUGGAAUCGACAGCCCGACAUCCCCGGGUUGUGGGUUCUUAGGCUGUCCGAAAAUUGCAAGGUAUCUUGGACACCUCGCAAAGGUUUGGAGAAGCAUGCAUAUAAGUGGCCGUCGUUGGCAGACGACAUCUUUAGAGGCCUGGCGAGAGACGACAUCAUGAGAGGCCUGGUGGAUGAUGACACUUCUUCUGCUCGUCCUUUUUUUGCUUAUGGCCACCCAGGGGUAGAGAUUCGGCCAGGGUUGGCAAAAUUGUCUGUGUGGGGUCAGGCACGCAUGGCCGUAGGGACGCAUGGCAAUUGCCGAGACUCCGUGAGAAAUAACCGAUGA